AUGCGGAGCGCCACAGUCCAACGAGGAUCAACGAACAAGUCAGGCCGAUUCGCCUCGUCGCUCAUCGUCAACAUUGCCCAACGUCCAUCUCCCCCACCACCCAACCCCAUGGCAGCGCUCCCGCCCGCCCUCCGCCCAUCGACGGUCGCGUCGCUCGACCCGCCGCCGGUCCUGGUCCCGCCAAUCAACUUUGCGCUCGUCGCGCCGGGCGUGUACCGGUCGGGCCAUCCGAACCGCAAGAACUUUGGGUUUCUGGCCAGAUUGGGCUUGAAGACGGUUGUCUAUGUCGAGCACGCCGACGAGUACCGCACCGACGGGGCAGAUUUCGUCGCGCAGGAGGGGCUCGUGUUCCACCACCUGGAUCUGAGCGAUGAAGAGGCCCUGUUCACGACCCACGGGAGGGAAAGGCUACACGCCGCGCUGGCCAUCAUCCUCGACACGCGCAACUACCCGCUCAUGAUCCACGACGACACGGGCAAGGCGACGGCCACGCUCGUGUGUGCCCUCGUGCGGUGCUUCCAGCGGUGGGCGCUCACGGCGGUGUUUGCCGAGGGCGACAUGUUCGCCGGCGCGGGCGGGAGCGAGGGCGGCGGUGUUGGGCCUGCGGGGCGCGAGUUUAUCGCCAUGUUUAGGCCUGAGAGCGUGCCCCUUGACGCGGGGCACUUGGCGCCGUGGGCCAGGUAGGCGGACACAUGGACGGGCGGCCUCGGCCUGCGAGGGCGCGCCUUGCGUGCCGAGCCGACCACCGAUAAGCCGAGCCGAUACGGGACAAGCCGCACCCGACGAGCGGCCCCGGCAGCGCACACACAACACAAACACACACACACACACACACAGUUGUAUCGAUAGAGAGAGAGAUGGACUUGGGCUCUGGGCAACACUCCCUCGUGGAGGGUCUGGUCCUCUGCGACUCGCGACGAA